AUGGACGAAACUCCUGUUAAUUUUGAUAUGGUGGGUGCUCUUAUGCUUGAUAAUCGUGGUGUUAGAGUCCCUAAGGGAUGUUAUUCUCCUGAAGUAGUUGUUAAAAUGCAUGAAAAUGAAUGGAUAGAUGAAGAGUUGAUGGUAGACUGGUUAGAAUUGGUUUGGAAACAAAGACCUGGAGGGCAAAAGAGGUCGUUAUUAGUCUUUGAUUCUUUUGAAGGACAUCUUACUAUAUCAGUAAAAAACAAAUGUUAUAAAAUAAAUACGGUCUUGGGAGUUAUUCCUAGUGGACUCACCUCUAUAGUACAACCUUUAGACGUAAGCAUCAAUAAAUCUUUUAAAGACCAGCUUCAUGAAAAAUAG